GUGGUGGGACACCGCCAGUUUAUCGUCGGAUACUCGAGGAGCUGGUUAUACGACGCAAAACAUAAGCACGCCGACUACGGAGCCAGUCAGUUCGCGCUUCGCGUUUUCUUACACGGCGAGCCAAGCGAUCGUCAAGAAAUUUCCGCAUCGUGUGCGACACAUCCGAACGGAUGCUAAACUUCGAUUAGAGAAAACAGAAAAAUAAAAAAAAAAAAGUCCAACCGAGUGGUGAACUUUCGAGCGGUACACGCACGUGCAGAGUAUCGUAUCGCGCGAUCCGCUCUCGACGACGCCGUCUUCGGGAAACGGGAGAGGAGGAGGAGGAGGAGGAGGAUCCAUCCUGCAGGUUCGGGGAAUGCAGCGUAGAAAUCGGGAGUAGAGAGACACCCCUCGAUCGUCGACAUCGGAGCGGAGGUGGGCGAGGCUGAAAUCAGGGUAGAUUUCAAAGUGUGCGCAACCGACGUCGAAACGCCGUACGAACAUGGAUUUGAUGUUCAUGCCGGAAGUGCUGAGCUACGGGGCGCUGAGACAUCCCCAGUACCGUGACUACGAGCAACCCUGGAACAAGGACUAUUUCAGCUACGGCAAGUCCCACGCGAAGGCGAGGAACCAACAGCUGCAGAAGCCGGCGCCGAAAACGCCCUGCCUCAUCUGCAAGGAGAACAAGCACCGCACCCUGGCAGCUUAUAUCAGGGGAAAAGCGCGGAGGAAUCCUUGCAGCGAGAUACACGAGGAGGGCGAAGAGGGCGACGAGGAGGAGGAGGAGGAGGAGGAGAGGGAGUCGGGGACGAAGAGGGAGAGCGGCGACGGGGAGAAAAAAACGGACUCCACCGCGAGAUCCGGUGAGAGGGACGGGGCUGCUGCUGGCGAUCGCGAAGAGCAGCCCGGAACGGGGACCGCGGGAAAUUGAAUAAUAACGGAGGUGGUCCGGGUGUACGUCGCACCUGAGUGUGACGCAUGCACCGCGCGAUGAACCGAUCGAGCGAAGAAUGAAUGGAGAGAGAUUAAAAUGAAGAAUGAAUUCCGUGCGCUAGUCGUUAUUAAUUCGAUAAUCGCGGCUGUCGUAUAUUUGCACGAGCGGAUAGACCUUCGAUUAAUCGUAAGAAAUCAGUUCAGCAGAGGGUAUGAUAUACAAUAAUGCACGAGCGGAACGCAAAAGGAUAUCGACGGUACGUCUCCGUCCGUCCGCUACGUGCGUCCGAUGCGUGUAAUUUUUUGUAUCUUGCACGGGGCAGCUGCCUAAACUUUCAACGCGUUUAUACUGACGAAAACGCGAAAGCUCACAACGAUAUUCGGAGUGAUAUUAUUCGGUAGAGCAGUUCCCUAUUUAUCGAGACGAGAUUAUUUCCUAUACUUUCGCAUCGUACGUACAACGUCUUUAAUUAUUUUUCUAAUAACGUGAAAAAGAAACAUUUUCAUUUUUUGUUUGAAUAUGAAUAUAUUCAUAUAGAUGUAUCUAGUGGGUCAUUUUUCUUUACCUGCUAUAUUUGCUUGUCUAAUUUUUUUAUUUCUCUUUCAUUUUUUGAAAAAAAAAAAAAAAAAAAAAAAACAUUUUUUCGUCAUUCUCUGGGCGUCGUCAAGUUUAUUUCGAAUUUGAUAAAAACAUUGAUGUUCCUCUCCGAAAUUUUCGUAUACAGUUAUUUCGCUUCUGGCACUUUCGAGUUAAUCGAAUUUAAAAAGUUUCAGAAGGCCGCUCGUGGCCCUGGGAUGUUCUAAAUAAUUUUUAAAACGAUAACAAAAGUCACGGAGACAAAUUUCACGAGGCGAAUAUAAUAUUGAGAAGCGAAGAAAAAUACGCAUCUAAAAAUAUAUGUUGUUCUCUGCGAUCAAAUCCAAUCUUUCAAAAAACAUCGCGGCGGGGUAUCUCCGGAUCAACAGGACGCGAGAAAAUGACCGGUGCCCAGAGAGUCGAAACUUUGCUAAUUCUAAACGUUAAUUCUAAAGCGAAUAUAAAAUACAAGCGUUUCGACAAGUACGGUUGAAAUCGUUAUGUAAUGGUAAUCUAUAAGACUGAUUUUAAGGUUGUAUGAGAAUAUAAAGCGAGUGUAUAUAAUACGUAUAAAUUUCAACCACAUAGGUAUACCCGAUGCUGCAAUAGAAAAAAAAAAAGACAAAAAAAAACAUUCAACAACAAGAAAAAAUGAUGAAUUUUUCUUCAGGAUAUCCGAUUAUUUAUGUUAACAAGAAAAAAAACAAAAAAAAUUAAAAAAAAUAUUAUUAAUUAUCGUAAUAAUUAUAAAAUAAAUUCUGCCUACUGGCUGUACCGUUGUACUAUUUUCUAAUUUUGCUCUGUAUUUUUUUUUUUUUUUUCAAAUUUGUUUUUAUUUCAUUUCUUUUCUCUCGAAUGCAUGUUCUGCGUCCUGUGUCUAUACCCCAUUAACUCAGCUAUCUACGCGCUGAAUGGUCCAUAUAUUGAAUACCUACUGUGUCGUGUGAAUGGAAGAGAGAAUUAGCGAGCCUGAUGCCUUUUUAGUUCGUAAUGAAAAACCGUUGUGGUUUCAUGCAAUUAAAUAAUAUUGAUAUAAGCGUAGAACUGGACUGCGUACACUAUAGAGUGCAUAGCAGAUCAGCAUAUUUUGUCAUUGUAUUUACGAUUACAUACGUACUAACGUACCUAUAUUAUACUUCUGUAUCGUAUGUGGGUAUUAUAUGUGUAACGAAUUUUUGGUAUAAUUAAUAAGAAAAAUAAUAAAAAAAAAAAACAAUAAUUUCUUCACGAA